GCUACAUUGACAUUUUACCUUCACGGUGCGGUGUGACAGGUCAAACGUUUCAUGAUAGUUGUGUUUUAUCCAGUCUAAUGAGUCCUUCAGCUCGGGCCUGGCGCUCCGUUUCGCCUCUUUAAUCCUCUUCUUACUUUUAUGGUUCAUUCCUCCUCCGUGUGUUAACCGCUUCUCAGCUAAUGCUGAAAUACAUCCACUAGCCUGCACUGCUGCCCGGCGGCUAGCUGCGCUGUUCUGACAGCCUUACCUAAAUGUAUUUGAUUAGCUAACAAAACAAGUCUGUAAAUGUGUUAAACACAACCUCAGAUCUGCACCAACAAAUGUGAGUAUCCUUUUUAAUACCUGCUUGAUCGACACACUUUUGUUAAAUAGCUAACAAGACAGCCCAGCUAGCUAACGCUGGCUGGUAGGCAACUGAUUGACAUCCGCAGUGCCCGCCUCUUUUCCCUGAACAGAAAGCUCAUUGGCUACAGCCUCCGCAGUUUGUUUGAAGGGAUGUAGAAUGAGCCUUCCCGCCAGCCGUUGACUGUGAUUUGAUUGGCUGUUACAGUCAGUGAUACGGAACUAGACAUAGCGUGGGUAGCCAGUGAUCAACACAAAUGUUAAUUAAAUUAGUUAAUAAGAAAUUCUUAUCAGAAAAAAAGAAUCGUAAUAGUAGCUUGCAAUGUUAUAAGGUAUACGCCCUCAUGAUGGAUCAGAGUGAAGCCGAAACACCCAGCAUAAAAUACAAACAAUUCACGUUUGAAGACAACAACGAAAACACACAGCAGUCCCUUUCUGUUUCAAUACCUGAGGUUCUGGAUCCACAAUAUGGCAUGUAUGUGUGGCCUUGUGCAGUGGUGCUGGCUCAGUAUCUAUGGACACAGAGACAGGAGCUGAGAGACAAGACAGUGUUGGAGCUUGGUGCAGGUGCGAGUCUGCCAGGUGUGGUGGCCUCGAGGUGCGGGGCCAAGGUAAUCCUGUCGGACAAUGCAGAGAAACCGCUCUGUCUCGAGAACUGCCGGCGCAGCUGUGCAGCAAACGGCCUCCAUGACAUAACCGUGUUGCCUCUCACCUGGGGGGAGGUCUCACCUGAGCUCACUCAGCUACCCCAGCUGGACAUCAUCCUGGGAUCAGACAUCUUCUACGAGCCCCGGGAUUUUGAAGACGUUCUCCUGACCGUCGCUUUUCUUCUGAGGAAAAACCCCAAAGCUCAGUUUUGGACCACAUACCAGGAGAGGAGUGCUGACUGGUCCAUAGAGGUGUUGCUCAACAGGUGGAAGAUGAGCUGUGUGGACGUUGAACUGGAAACAUUUGAUGCAGAUAAAUCUGAGCUGGCUGGAUCCUCUCUGCCAGGAAACCACAGUAUCGAGAUGAUGAUCAUCACCUUGGAGACCGGAGACGUGGGACUGUGAUUCUAGACCGUAUUGUAGAGUGCUGUGAAUGUAGACUGUAAUAUAAAAGGACAGCUGCAGGCAGAGAAAGUUAUAUUAGAAAAUUAAAAAAUAAUGCUUUUUAAAA